GGGCGGAUGCUCCCAGCUAGAGAAAAAGGAAAGCUUGGUGGCGGGAAGUUUUCAUUGGAGAGUGGCUGAAAGCAGUACCUAGUGGUCCUGAGCCGGGCGCUUUGAGAAAGAAGUUUGGAUCCCAAUUCAAUUUUAGGAUGGCAGCCAUUUCAGGUCUGAAGCAGAGUUCACUUGUGACCAAUCCUAACCAGAAUCAUGCAGGGAAGGCAAUUCUGGUAUUGGCAUAAUACAAAAACACCAUAACAUCCUAUUUUAAAUCAUAGCCAUGAGAUUUCAUCUUAUGAAAAUUUGGGGCACUAAAGCUGGACACUGAUUAAAGCAGGCUGAUGUUUUAGAGAGCAUCAAGGACAUCUUUAAAAAUUUUUGGUUUCUAUUGGUAUGGUGUCAAAAGGAAUCUCACUUUGACUUUAAUACUCAGAUUGAUUAGAAUCGUACAUUAAGUCUGCUUUAUAAAUUAGUGAUGAUGGACUUAUAAUGUCAAUUCCAGUAGCACACUCGAUUUUUCUUUUAAUUGUUACAUCAGCUUGUUUAUAAUCACCAACGCCUUAUCUUGCCAACAUAUGAACCCAAAUAUGUUUUCAUGAAAUAAUAGCUAAGUAGUUAUGGGGUGAAUAUCACUCAUCAUCAGGGAAAUACAAAUCAAAACCACAAUGAGAUACUACUUCAUAACCUGUCAGAAUGGCUAAAAUUAACAACUCAGGAGACGACAGAUGUUGGUGAGGAUAUGGAGAAAGGGGAACACUUUUGCACUGUUGAUGGGAAUGCAGACUGGUCUAGCCACUUUGGAAAACAAUAUGAAGGUUCCUCAAAAAAUUGAAGAUAGAGCUACCCUAUGACCCAGCAAUUGCACUACUAGGUAUUUAUCCAAAGGAUACAAAAAUGCUGAUUUGAAGAAGCACAACACACCAGUAUUUAUAGCAGCACUAUCAACAAUAGCCAAAUUAUGAAAAGAACCCAAAUGUACAUCGACUGAUGAAUGGAUAAGCUCUAACUGAAGAAUUGGAGUCUGUAACCAAUGAGCUACAUGCAGUAGACAUUCAAAUUCAGGAACUUCUGGAAAAGCAACAAGAGCUUAUUCAGAAAAAGAACAUCCUAACAAACCAAAUAAAGCAGCAUUUUGAGGAUUCUGAUGCUGGGGAAAGCAGUGAAUGGGAUUCUUCACCUGCUGCUUGGAAUAAAGAAGAUUUUCCCUGGUCUGGUAAAGUUAAAGAGGUUCUGCAAAAUGUCUUCAAACUGCAGAGGUUCAGACUGCUUCAGCUUGAAACUAUUAAUGUAACAAUGUCUGGAAAGGAGGUAUUUCUUGUUAUGCCUACAGGAGGUGGAAAGAGCUUAUGCUACCAGUUACCAGCAUUAUGUUCAGAUGGUUUUACCCUUGUGAUUUGCCCAUUGAUCUCUCUUAUGGAAGACCAGUUAAUGGUUUUAAAACAAUUAGGAAUUUCAGCUACCAUGUUAAAUGCUUCUAGUCCUAAGGAGCAUGUGAAAUGGGUUCAUGCUGAAAUGGUAAAUAAAAAUUCCAAGCUAAAGCUAAUUUAUGUGACUCCAGAGAAAAUUGCAAAAAGCAAAAUGUUCAUGUCAAGACUAGAGAAAGCCUAUGAAGCAAGGAGAUUUACCCGAAUUGCUGUGGAUGAAGUUCACUGCUGUAGCCACUGGGGACAUGAUUUCAGACCUGAUUACAAGGCACUGGGUAUCUUGAAGCGGCAGUUCCCUAACACGGCCCUAAUCGGGCUGACGGCAACCGCAACUAGCCAUGUUUUGAAGGAUGCCCAGAAAAUACUGUGUGUGGAAAAGUGUUUUACUUUCACAGCUUCUUUUAAUCGGCCAAAUCUUUAUUAUGAGAUUCGGCAGAAGCCCUCCAACACUGAAGAUUUUAUCGAGGAUAUUGUAAAGCUCAUCAAUGGGAGAUACAAAGGGCAAUCAGGAAUCAUAUAUUGCUUUUCUCAGAAAGACUCUGAGCAAGUUACAGUUAGUUUACAGAAACUGGGAAUUCAGGCAGGUGCAUACCAUGCCAAUAUGGAACCAGAAGAUAAGACCAAGGUUCAUAGAAGAUGGUCAGCCAAUGAAAUUCAGGUGGUGGUGGCCACGGUUGCAUUUGGUAUGGGAAUUGAUAAACCAGAUGUGAGAUUUGUUAUCCAUCAUUCAAUGAGUAAAUCUAUUGAAAAUUAUUACCAAGAGAGUGGACGUGCAGGUCGAGAUGACAUGAGGGCGGACUGUAUUUUGUAUUAUGGCUUUGGAGAUAUAUUCAGAAUAAGUUCAAUGGUGGUGAUGGAAAAUGUGGGACAACAGAAGCUUUAUGAGAUGGUGUCAUACUGUCAAAACAUAAGCAAGUGUCGCCGUGUAUUGAUAGCUCAACAUUUUGAUGAAGUAUGGAAUUCAGAAGCAUGCAACAGAAUGUGUGAUAACUGUUGUGAAGACAUUUCGUGUGAAGUAAAGAAUGUAACAGCAUACUGCAGAGAUCUAAUCAAGAUUUUGAAGCAGGCAGAGGACCUGAAUGAAAAGCUAACUCCACUGAAACUGAUGGAUUCUUGGAUGGGAAAGGGGGCAGCAAAAUUGAGAGUGGCAGGCGUUGCUCCUCCCCAACUUCCUCGUGAAGACCUGGAGAAAAUUAUUGCACACUUUCUUCUACAGCAGUAUCUUAAAGAAGACUACAGUUUUACAGCUUACGCUACCAUUUCAUAUUUGAAAAUAGGACCUAAAGCUCAUCUUCUAAAUAAUGAGGCGCAUGUUAUUACCAUGCAAGUAAAGAAGCCCACACAGAGUUGUUUCAAGACUGAAUCAUCUGAAACUUGUCAUUCUGAAGGAGCUGAUAAAAGGAGGGAAGAAAAAAAUUCAGGUAACUUCCAGAAGUCUGCAAACAUGCUUCAGCGAUCUAAGAAUACAGGGACUAAAAAAAGAAAAAUUGAUGAUGCAGGAGAUGAGUGUUUCUAAAUUUUCCAAGAAAAUAGUUAUGCAUGUGUACACCAUUAUUUUGUAGUUAAAAGUUUAAGACAGUUUUAUUAAUAUUUUAUACAUAUGGAACUUGCCUGAAGUAUUGAAGACUUCAAUAUUUAAGAUCAUGAAUUAUAUAAAUUUACAGUAUAAAACGAGAAAAGUAAUUUUAUUAUUUUUUGAGAAAAAUAAUUUUAAUGUAAAAUAUUUUUAUCCCUUGAUAUACCUAAUUGUAUUCUUUUGAUAUUAAUGUUAUCAUAAGGAAUAUUUAUGUAGGCUUAUUACAGAAAAGAGUGAUUUCAGCUCAUAACAGCUAUACAAUCAGAACAUAAAAGGAUAUUAGCAAGUAAGAUCUUGCUACCUCCUUAAAGUAAAAUUGUAAGCCUCUUGAAACGACAAUCCUCUCUGACAUUUCACAAUCAAAGAAUGACUUUGGUAUACCAGACCAAGUUGUCAGCUAAGUAGAUAAAGUAGCUAAAUCUGCUCCAAAGCAGUUUACACAGAAAUGAUUAACUUAAAUCCUUACAUUUACAUAAGUGGUCAAUUUGUGUUGGAAAAAAAAAAAUCUGUAAAUUAUUUGAUCUUUACCAUUUUACUUCUAUUUUAAUACUUUCCCACUACUCUCAUUAUGACUUCUGUAUUCUUAACUUCAUUAAAUCCAUGUGGUCGUUUA